ACAAUGGUAAUAAGAAUCUGAUAUGUAUGUAAAUUAGUUUAAAUUUAUAUAAGAUCAGUGACUAUGAAAAAAAAUUAUUGGUAUAGGAGCAACAUGACUUUUAAGUUGUUGGUUUUUAUUGGGUGUCUGAGUGUUGUAGUUGGUGGUGAGUUAACAACUGAACACGACUUGAUAACUCAAUUAGAAGAAAAUCUAAUUGAGGGUAAAAGUUUGAAAACGUUUACAAAGCGGUUUAAUGAAACACUCGCACAGAUUCAGCUACCUUAUUUCUUUACUAGGGAGGAAAAGGGCGAAAUUGGGUAUGAGCCCUUAGAAGUAAGCGAUGACAUCGUUUGUUCCCUUUGUUACGUCGUAGCGAACUUCCUAAUCGACGAAGUAAGAGCCAACGUCUCUCUAGACGUGAUUGCCCUGGAAGCGGAAGCCUUUUGCACCCUUUUAGGCAUCGAAACCGCCCGAGUAUGCACAGGAGUUAUAGAAUUAAAUUUGCCAAUUUUUGCUUACCUAGUAUACACAAAUCCCGAACUAAAGGGGCAAAGAAUAUGCGACGUUAUUCUGCAAAGCAACGGGUGCAGCUCCACCGUUUUCGAGUGGUCUGUAGAUGUUCCUGAAGGCUCUACAGUUCAGAGAAAGUCUCCAUCAGAUCCCGAACAAACAUUCAACAUCCUCCACAUCUCCGAUCUUCAUUUCGAUCCUCUCUACACUGAAGGUAAAACAAAGAGCUGCUCCGAGCCGCUCUGUUGCCAAUCUGAUCAAGCAGAUGGUGCUGUAGAGCAAGGUACAGCCUGUGGCUAUUGGUCGGAAUAUUAUCAUGCUGAUACUUCCGAGGCACUUGUCGAUGAAACCUUUCGAAAAGCCAGUGAAAUGGCGUCCUUUGAUUAUGUUUACUUCACGGGUGAUAUAGUGAGUCACAGAGUAUGGAGCACCUCUGUGGAAUCUAAUACGGCCCUCAUGAAGACCGUUUUCCAGAAACUGAAGGAGAGCUUCAAAGGGGUGCCGAUUUAUCCCAUUUUGGGAAACCAUGAGCCUACCCCUGUCAAUGAAUACGCCAUUGGUGAGGUCGUGGAUCCCGCUGUAAGUACUGAGUGGCUCUACAAGCUAAUCGCCUCAGAGUUUUCUGAGUGGUUACCCGAUUCUGCGCAGAAUGACUUAUUGAAGGGCGGAUACUAUUCUGUGUCACCUAGAGAAGGGUUUAGAAUUGUGGGUUUAAAUGGGAAUGUGGCUCAAACCAUGAACUGGUGGUUGAUUCAGAACGAUACUGACCCAAUGGGUCAACUAGCAUGGCUGGUUGAAACUCUAAAAGAGGCAGAGGAGAACAAUGAGGUGGUUCACAUACUAACUCACAUUCCUACUGGGAAAAGUGAUUUGAUGGCCGUUUGGAGUAGGGAAUAUCAUAAAAUCAUUCAAAGAUUUGCAAACACUAUUGGGGCCCAGUUUAACGGACAUACGCACAAGGACCAAUUUGUGGUUUAUUACAAUUCCUCCAAUAGUUCUGAGGCCAUCAGCGUUGCCAUUAACGGUGCCUCUGUGGUUACCGAUAAAUCUAAUCCGAGCUUUAAGAUUCUGAGUGUCGAUAGCAACAGUUUUGAUUUAAUUGACCAGAAAGCGUGGACUUUCAAUCUUACGAAAGCCAAUGAGGUCAGGAACGGUUCUGAUCCAGAAUGGUAUCAGAUUUACAGUUUCAGGGAGGCAUUUGAUGUGCAGAACCUAGCCCCUUCAGCUUUUAGUGAGCUGUUACCAAGAAUGGCCAAGAAUCACACUCUUUUGGAGAUGUACCACUUGUUCAAGUAUCGGAAUUCUGAUGUAGUGAUAAACACUCAGUGCAACGACGACUGUAAAAAGGAUUAUCUCUGUGAAGUGACGACCAGUAAAGUUGGAGAUAGCACUCAGUGUGACAUUCUGAAGGAGUUGUACGAUAAAAAUGUUCAGUAAUAAAAAGAAACACUUCCAUUGUUUGCUUAAAAA